AUGUCCCCCGCAUGGGCUGCUUCCCCCUCUUCCGCCUCCGCUUUCCCCCAGGCGGGGGUAUACCCUCCGCUAAGACCGUUCUUCGCGCCCAUCAGCCCCGCAACCGCCGGAACCGCAGCCUCUUCCGCAACUUCCGCCGCAGGUGGCGCCGCAGCAACUGGCGCAAGCGGCGGCGGAGCGGGAAUUGCGGGGCAAGGCGCAGGGGGGCAGACCACGGGUGGGGAAGGCUUACGGGGGUUUUCCGCCGGUACUGGAUGGACGGGGGCGGGGGGAAUCGUUCCUAGGGGCAUGCCAGGCGGGUUGGCGCAAGGAACGGCUGGGAUCGGGGGAAUGGCGCAAGGGACCUCGGGGAUUGGCGGAAUGGCGCAGGGAACGGGGGGAAUGAGGGGAAUGACGCAGGGACCCGCGGGGAUGGGCGGAAUAAGCGGUGGGGGGAUGGCUGGUUCCGCGCUGGUGCUGCCCGGGACUGUACGCGCUACAGCAAGCAGCCCGGCUUCUGCUGUUAGCGGUGCAGCUUCUAUCCAACCUAUUACCCCUCUUGCCAAGGCAGGAAGGAUAGCAGGGACCAUGGGAGCACGAGCAGCAGUAAGGGGAGCAGUGGGAGCAGGAGGAGGAGCAGUUGCAAGGGGUGCUGGCUCAGCCAAUGCUUCUGCUGCUGGUGCUGGUGCUGGUGCUGGUGCUGGUGCUGGUGCUGGUGCUGGUGCUGGUGCUGCUGUUGCUGGUGGCAUGGGGGGGCAGGGCGGGGGCGGUGGGCAGGGCGGGAUGGGGCAGGGCGGAGUGGGGCAGGGCGCGGGCGGUGUGGGGCAAGGCGGAGUGGGGCAGGGCGGAGUGGGGCAGGCGGGAUGGGUGCUGGCGCAGCAGGCUGCUGCCUCUGGCGGGAGGAUGAUGGCCUCCGCGCAAGGGGGAGCGCCAGCGGCGCAGGGGGGAGUACAAGGGGCGCAAGGGGGAGUACACGGGGCGCAGGGGGCGCAGGGGGGCGUGCAAGGGGCGCGGGGGGGCGUGCAAGCGGGAGUGCAGGGGGCGCAGGGGGGGUUACAGGGGCCGCAGCAGCAGCAGCAGCAGCAGCAGCAGCAGCAGCAGCAGCAGCUUUUGCGCCUCAAGCGUGGGGACCUGCAGCUUCCCCCAGAGAUUCUCAACUCUAUCACUCCUCCUCCGCUGCCACCCAACCUUAGACGCGCACAGCUUGCCGCCACUGCUGCAGCUUCUACUGCUGCUGCUGCUGCCGCUGCUGCUUCUGCAGCUGUAAUUCCUGCAAGUUCAGCACAACCUGGUUCUAUUACCGGAAGUGCUGCUGCUGCUGCUGCUGGCCUGAUUUCCUCGAAAGCUACAUUGAGGCAGCAGCAGGCUGAAGCCGUGCUGCUCAAGGGUCCUGCGGCUGCGGCUGCGGCUGCGGCUGCUGCUGCUUCUGCGGCUGCUGAUGCUGCUGCUGUGGCGAUCCUAGCAGGUGGCAGGCUAGGGGAGGUCCGAAAGGGGUCUGCGGCAAAGGGAGGAGCAGCAGCAGCUGCAGUAGCAGCAGGAGCAGCAGGAGCAGCAGGAGCUGCAGGAGCAGCAGGAGCUGCAGGAGCAGCAGGAGCAGCAGGAGCAGCAGGAGCAGCAGGAGCAGCAGGAGCAGCAGGAGCAGGGCCAGCAGCGGUAGCAGCAGCAGUAGCUCCUUUGAAAGGUUCAGCCUCAACCCAGCCUGCUUCUGCUGCUGCUGCAGGCGCAGCAGCAGGUUCGGCAAGAGGCCCGGGCGGAGGCGCGGCAGGAGGUCCCGCCCGAGCUGCGGCUGUGGCCAAGCCGCCAACGCCCCCGCCGCCCCCCUCUCCUGCAGCCAUUGCUGGCGCGGUAGUGGCUGCUGCUGGGGAGGCGCUAGGGUUUAGAGCCCUUAUUCAAGCUGCAAUAGCUGAAGGUGUUGCAGGGGGGAUGGGGGAUGCUGCUGGGGAGGGCGCAGCAGCAGGGGGGGUUGCCGCUGGGGGUGCUUCAGGGGGGUUUGGAGGGAGUUCUGGAGCAGGGUCGGCUGGGGUGGGUGGUGGGAGAGAGGUGGGAGGUUUUGGGGAUCUGAUUCGUGCUGCAGUGGAAGGUAAGGAAGGCAGGCCGGGGAGGGUUGGAGGAACAGCAGCUGAGGAGAUAGUUGUGGGUUCUGCUGUAGAGGAGGUGGAUGGAAUGGGAGGAGGAGGGACAGGAGAAGACCAGGGAGGAGAUGGAGGAGGAGGAGGAAUUGGAGAGAUGGGAGGGGCAGCAGGAGGAGGAGCAGCGGGAGAAGCAGGAGGGACAGGGGUGCGUGCGGCUUAUGAGUCGAGUCAGAAAGCGAGGGUGGCCGAGGCGAUAGCGCGAAUGAGCCAGCAGGAGGUUCGGGCGGCGCUGCGGCAGGUGCGGUUCGGCACGAACCUGCAGGGGCUGGUUCGGGAGGAGGUGGGGCGGAUGGUGCGGGCGAACAGGGAGGCUCGGCUGAGGGAGAUUGCUCGACUGUUGGGGGAGGAUAAUACCCCCUCGGCUGCUGAUUUAGGUCCCCUCCCUGCUGCUUCGGGUGCUGUAUUUCUCACUUCGAGUGAUUCAACUCCUCCCCUUGCUGCUGCACCGAGUGUCAUGCCUGACAAAGACCUGCCCCCGCUGCUGCCACUGACAGGAGGGGAGGAUGAGCGGGAGGAGCGAGGGGAGGAGGUUGGAGGGGACGGCGUGGAGAAAGAGGGAGGGAAUGACGGUGGUGCCGCUGGUGCUGGUGAUGCGUCGUCUGGGGUGGUGCUGACGCCCAGGGAUCAUCUCAAGCUUCGGAUUCUUCAGAAGAUGCUGCGACUUGCCGACUUUCAGGCCAAGGUGAGGAGAGAAUUAGUUGCAGAGGAGCAAGAGAUUCAAGCCAUGCCCGACCGCCCCUACCGCUCCUUCCUGCGCUGGGCCCACCGGCAACGGGCCGAAAUCGCCAAGUCGCACGCCGUGACGCGCCGCGCCGCCCGCGACCGGCUGCUCAAGGCCGUCUUCGCCGCCCGGCGGCAGAUCCUCGCCGACCGCCAGUUGGCGGCGCGUGACGGGCGGGCGGCGCGGAACCGGCACGUAGUGAGGUUCCACGAGCAGGCGGCGCGGGAGGCGGCGAGGCGGCGAGAGGAGGAGCGGCAGAAGCGGGUGGAGAUGUUACUUAAGAGUAACGACAUGGAGGCUUAUCGGGCUAUGCUGGAGGAGGAAAAGGAGAAGGCCGGGGUUGGGAAGGGUGCGAAGGAGAGGUUUGAAAUGCUGAGCUCGUUUUUGAGCCAGACGGAGGAGUAUUUGCGGAAGCUGGGGGGGAAGAUCUGUGCGGCUAAGAGCGUUCAAGAGGUGGAAGAGGCUGCUGUUGCUGCUGCUGCCGAAGCCAGGGAGAAGAUUUUAGGUUUGUGCAAGCUUGGGGGGAAGAUCUGUGCGGAUAAGAGUGUUCAAGAGGUGGAAGAGGCUGCAGUGGCCGCUGCUGCUGAGGCCAGGGAGAAGGGUAUGAGCGAGGAGGAGGUGGAGGCGUACGUGCAACGAGUGGUGGCCAGCCUGUCUCGUAACGACGGUCCCGAGGGAGAGGAGGUUGGAGGAGAGACAGGCGCGGCUGCUGUGUCCAAGGACCCAGGGGAGAUGGGCCAGAGGCUGGUAGCCGGCCUGUCCCAUGACAACGGUCCCGAGGGAGACGGGGUUGGAGGAGAGACAGGCGCCGCUGCUGUGUCCAAGUACUACAAGCUGGCUCACUCUGUCUCUGAGACCAUCACCCACCAACCUUCGAUGCUGCGCAUGGGCACCCUGAGGGAGUACCAGAUGGUGAGUGCUGCGGAGUGUGGUGCUGGAGUGGGGCUGCACUGGAUGGUGGGGCUGCAGUGGAUGGUAUCGCUCUACAACAAUCGGCUCAACGGCAUUCUGGCAGACGAAAUGGGCCUGGGGAAGACAGUGCAGGUGGGUGCAGUGCGGUGCAGGAUGGGUGCAGUGCGGUGCUGGAUGGGUGCCGUGCGGUGCUGGUGGGUGCAAGUCAUGGCUCUGCUCGCCUACCUCAUGGAGCACAAGAGCAACUACGGCCCGCACCUCAUCAUCGUGCCCAACGCCGUGCUGGUGAAUUGGAAAUCGGAGCUGCAUGCGUGGCUGCCCUCCGUUUCCGCUGUCUUCUAUGUGGGAGGCAAGGAGCAGCGCGCCAAGCUCUACACCAAGGCGGAGCUGCACGCCUGGUUGCCCUCCCUUUCGGCUGCGUUCUAUGUGGGAGGGAAGGAGCAGCGCGCCAAGUUCUAUACCAAGGAGGUAGCCCCAAUGAAGUUCAACGUGCAGGUGACCACAUUCGAGUUCAUUAUACAGGACAGGGUGCGCCUCUCAAGUGGCCGUUUAAGCUGCCUCAACGCCCGUGUUCCCCUCUUUUGCCGCUCUGUCCCCCUUGUCCCUCACACCCAGGAGGUAGCCCCAAUGAAGUUCAACGUGCUGGAGGUAGCCCCAAUGAAGUUUAACGUGCAGGUGGCCACACUCGAGUUCAUCAUGCGGGACAGGGCGCUCCUCUCCCGAGUGGACUCCCCGAUGAAGUUCAAUGUGCUGGUAACCACAUUCGAGUUCAUCAUGCGGGAUCGGGCGCGCCUCUCCAAAGUGGACUGGCGCUACCUGGUGAUUGACGAGGCCCACCGCAUGAAGGACCGGGACUCGCGGCUGUCACGAGAUCUGGACCGGUUCAGAGUGCAGAGGAGGCUGCUACUCACCGGCACACCUCUGCAGAACGACUUGAGGGAAUUGUGGUCUCUCCUCAAUCUCCUCCUUCCAGACGUGUUUGACUCGAGUAAGGUUUUCAACGACUGGUUCGCUGCCCCUUUCCAAAAGGACACCAAAGGAGGAGGGGGGGGAGGGGGAGGCGGAGCAGGAGGAGCAGGGGGAGCAGGGGGGGCGGCAGCUGAUGAGAUGGAAUGGCUGGAGACUGAAAAGAAAGUGAUUGUGAUACAUCGUCUACACCAGAUUCUCGAACCAUUCAUGCUGCGCCGCAUGGUGCAAGAUGUAGAGGGUAACCUACCGAAAAAGACCUCUGUGGUGCUCCGCUGCCCGCUCUCCGCCUGCCAAGCCGCAAUCUACGACUGGGUCCGAGCCACGGGCACGCUUCGGACCGACCCUGAGCAGGAGGCUCGGCGGGUGGCUGCGGGGAAGAGCAGCGGGAGUACGGUUCAGAGGUAUGUGAGGGAGUUUGUGCCGGUGCAGAACAAGUGUAUGGAGCUGAGAAAGGUGGUUAAUCACCCGUUUCUGACCUACUCCUCGUAUGACCUCACUGUUCCUGCCCCUCCUGCUGGUGGUUCUGGUGGCUCUGCUGGUGCUGCUGGUGGUGCUGGUGGUGCUGGUGGUGCGAGUCCUUACGGUGCUUCAGAUGCUGGUUACCCUACCGGUCCCUCUUUCUACAGCCCGGAUGUGAUUGUUCGCACGUGCGGCAAGUUUUAUAUCUUAGACCGAGUUCUGCUUAAACUGCAUCGCACAGGGCACAGGGUGUUACUAUUUUCCACCAUGACUAAGCUUCUAGACCUUCUGGAAGACUAUCUACGGUGGAGGAAGCUUGGCUACUGCCGGAUCGACGGAUCUACACCGUUGGAUGCUCGGGAGGCUGCGAUUGGCGAGUUUAACAAGCCUGGGUCGGAGCAUUUUGUCUUUUUGCUGAGUAUCCGGGCGGCGGGGCGGGGGCUGAAUCUGCAGAGUGCGGAUACGGUUGUGAUAUAUGAUCCUGAUCCGAAUCCUAAGAAUGAGGAGCAGGCUGUAGCACGGGCACAUAGGAUUGGGCAGAAGAGAGAGGUGCUGGUGAUGUAUCUCGAGGCGGUUACAGAGGUUACUGCAGCGCACUGUAAAGAGGAUGAGAUUGAGAGUAGAGGAGGGGGAGCGGGGGAGGGGGAUGGGGAGGGAGGAUCUAUAGAGACGCUAGUUCGCACCAAGAUACAGCAGCACAAGAUUGAAAUGGCAGAUGAAGUGAUCAACGCAGGCCGGUUCGACCAACGCACGACACAGGAGGAGCGGCGGAUGACUUUAGAAGCUCUGCUGAAGGAUGUAGAGCGGUACCAAGAGGCGGUUCCGGAUGUACCCUCCAUGCGCGAGGUAAACCGGAUGAUUGCCCGAGGGGACGACGAGCUGGCGCUCUUUGAUAGGAUGGAUGAGGAGGAGGAAUGGCCGGGAUUGGUUGAGGAGGCUUGGGAGGUGGUUCCUUGGCUGAGGGCUAAUUCGAAGCAGGUGGCGGCUGCUGCUGCUACGACUGCCAAGCCUGCGCUUCGGAAACGGAGGAAGGCGUCAGGUUCGGAAGAGGGAGGGGCGGAAGGAGGUUCGGCCGAGCCUGUGGAGGUGGAGUGGUGGAAGGAGGGGGAGCAAGUGGGAGGGGAGGAAGAGGAAGAGGAAGAGGAGGAAGGGGAGUUCAAGAGCAGAGGGAGAGGGGGUAGAGGUGUUGACAGGGGGGAGGGAGGGGAGGUGGAGGAGGAGGGAAUGAUUGUGGGGGAUGAGGAAUUUGAUGGGGGGAUUGAUGGGGAAGAGGAGGGAGGGGGUGAGGAAAAGGACAAGGGAGGAGCAGAGGCAAUGGGGGAUAAGAUUUUGUUGGGGAAGGAAGAUGAAGAGGAGGGUGAGGAGGUUUUUGAGAAUUCUCAAGAACAAGAGGUGGUAGAAGGAUGGGAGCGUGUGGAAGGAAAAGAGGGAGUAGCAGCAGAAGAGGAGGAAGAGGAGGAGGGAGAAGGAGCGGAUGUUCGUUGGGUGAGAGAGAGUGGUGGGGGGGAGGUGGGGGGUGAAGGGGAGGAGGCGGAUGAAGGGGAGGAGGAAGGAGUUGAGAAACAGGGUAAGAGGAGGGUAAAAGGGGUGGUAGAGGAGGAGGUAGUUUUGGAAGAGGAUGAGGAGGAAGAGGAGGAAGAGGAGGAGGAAGGGAUAUGGGUGGAGGGUGAUAGUGAGAGGCUUGGGAAAGAUGGUGGGGAGUUUGCGGGAGUAGGAGUGGGUGUGAAGGAGGGGAGGAAGGGGAGGGGGGGGAGAAGAGGAGGGUACGGAGGGAAAGAGUUGCGGAAGAGGGGAUAUAGAAAGAGGGUGAAAGAUAAAGAGAUGAUGGAAGAUGAAGAAAGGGUGGAGGAAGGGGAGAUGAUGGGAGAUGGGGUGGGAGGUGCAGGGCUUAGGAAAGAUGCAAAGCUGAGGAAUGAUGUAGAGGACUUAACUGGUGAGGGAAAGCGAGGGGGAAAGGAACGCCGCAGGUUUAAGCUUUCCAAGGGAAGUGACGGCAGGCUGAAGCUCUUAAAGGGACUCCGUGAGGAGCUCAAUAGAGGGGAUGAGAGGGAGGAGAGAGGUGGACACAGUAGCGGUCACGGCAAGACGAGUGGGUUUGAGUGGCAGGAGGGAGAGCAGGAGGGGAUUGUGGGUGGAGGAGAGGUUAGGAGUAAUGGGAGGGAGAGGAAGGAAAGGAUGGGUGAGGAGGAGGAGAGGAAAGAGAGGAAAGAAAGGGAGGAGGGGAAGGAAGGGAAGGAGGGGAAGGAUGGGAAGGAGAGGUGGAGGGGUGAGGGGCGAGAGGAGAAGAUUAAGCGGGAAGCAGAGCGCGGGAGGGGAGUGGAGAUAGUACAGGAGGGAGAGAAGGAUGCAAAGGAGCAAGUAAAGGAAGGCAGAGAAGCUGUGAGGAAGGAGGGGAUGGUGCCUGGGAAGGAGGGGGCGAAGGCGAAGCGGAAAGAGAAAGCGGAGAGGAAGAGAAGGGGUGAUAAAGGGGUGGAGGUUGAGGGAGGGGGCGAGGGGGAAACGCCUGGGGAGAUUCGUAUGCUGGGUGGGAGGGAAGGGAAGGCAGAGAAGGGAGGGAAGGGAGGGAAUAAGGGAGUGAUGGGAGGGGAAGACGGAGGGGAGGAGGGAGGGGAGGAGGGAGGGGAGGAGGGAACAGCUAGGGCGGGAAUACAGGUAGAGCCGUUUCGGGUUCCGCGAGUUGUUGCUUCUAAACGCGAGCUGCAGAUCGAGAGCAAGUAUAAUAACGAGUCCAAGGGCGAGGCUUAUAGCGAGUUGGCUCUUAAAGAGUCGCGUGCUGUUCUCCCGAGUCCCAGGGUGAGCAAGAAGAGGAGUGUAGCGAGUCUAGUGACGGGAGAGGAGAAGGAGAGGGGGCAAGUGAGGAGAGAGGAAAGGAAGCGAGAAGAGGGUGAGGAUGAUAAGGAGGAGGAGGAGGAGAAGAGAGGGAAAGAGAGCUGGUUGGUUCAGGAGCGUGUGAGGGAUGAGCAGAGGAAGGAGGGGAAGGUGGUUGAGGAGAAGAUGGGAAGAGGAAGAGAAGCGAAGGAAGAGGUUCUUGUGGGGGAAGGGGAUUGGAGGGGGAGGAGGGGCCUUGAGGUGGAUAAGGAAAUGAGUGGUCCUCUUGCUGAUGCUAGUGGUGCUGGUGCUGGUGCUGGUGCUGGUGCUGGUGCUGGUGCUGGUGCUGGUGCUGGUGCUGGUGCUGGUGCUGGUGCUGGUGCUGGUGCUGGUGCUGGUGCUGGUGCUGGUGCUCGUGUUGAUGCUGCUGGUGCUGCUGUUGCUGGUACAGGGAGGAAGCGAGGAAGGAAGAGGAAACUGGGUUUGGUGGCACAAGAAGAUGCAAAGGGAGGCGCGGGAGGGGCAGAAGGGGUUGGAGGACUGGGAGGGGUGAGACGGGUGGGAAAAGAGGACAUAGAGGGAGAAAGGGAAGUGGAGGGAGUGGUGGGGAAGGCUGGGACGGAAGGCUUGCCAAAGUUGGCUGUAGGAGAGGAGGGAAGAGGAGGAUAUACUGUAAGGGAGAGGGGUGGAGGAGAGGGAGGAGAAGGAGUAGGAGAGGGAGAAGGAGAGAUACGAGGAGAGAUUGUGAGAGAGGGGGAAAGGGAGAGAGAGGAAGAGGGGGUAGGUGGAGCAGACGGGGAGGGUGGGGAACUGAAGAGACGGAGGAGGAUUUUGCUGCCCGGGAGGGGUGGAGGGCGCAGGAAGAAGGAUAGGCAUGAUGCUUUGGUAAGUGCUGGUUGGGGUGUGAGGAGGAGCAGGGGCCUCUCAGGCCACCAGCAGAGUGCUGCUGGUAUGAAGAAUUUGGAGAGGAAGAGGGAGAGGAAGGGGGAGAGGGAGAGGGAGGAGAGGGGGAAGGAGGAGAGGGAGAGAACAGUGGCAGGGAGAGCAGGAGGUGUUGAGAGGGGAGGUUUUACUGAAGCAGAGAUGCUGAAAGGAGGGAAGAGGAGAGGGGAGAAAUUGCUUCUGCCUGUGAUGGCAUGGGAAGGGGAAAGCGGAGUGGAGGAGAGAGCGGAAGAGAGCGCAGAGAAGGGAGAGGAGAAGAGAGAGGAGAAGAGGGAGAAGCAGCAGCAACAGGUGAGGGAGAAAGCAGAGGAAGCAGAGGCAGGAGGAACUUUUGUGAAAGGGGCGAAACAAAGUGUGGGGAUGGGUGAGGAGGGGUAUGGUGUGGAGAAGGAGGACGAGCAAAUGGGGAGGGAGAAAGGGGAUGGUGGAAGGGAGAGUGUAGGUGGCAAAUUAGAGACGGAAGAGAGGGAGAGGAGGGAGGAGAGGAAGAGGGACGAGAGGGAUGAGAGGGAGAAGAGGAAGGAGAGGGAGGAGAGGGGAGCAAGUGAGAAACAAAGGUAA